GUCGAGAACCUCCGGCGCGAGAACGCGCUGGUCAAGUCGAUGUGGUACGACAUGAACCAGCGACUGCUGAGCAACACGGUUAUCCUGCAAAGACGCAGCGAAGCACCCAAAGGCUGGCUCGGAAAACAGCGAGCCGCUGUUGGAGGAGGCGCAAGCGUCUUAGUACGUCAGCUUCCCUCCAAACAAACUUGA